AUGUUCGUAUGCUCGAAGAAGAAAUUGUUACGUAAUGUUUCAUCGUUCCAAACUAAUCUCGUUGAAGGUUUCAAAAAUUCAAGUCGAAUACAUUUGCACAGAAUUUUCCAAAAAAGAAAAGAACAUGAUGAAACUUUUUUUGCAUUAAAAAAUUCUCAUAUGCCAAAAAUUGAAAAAAGUUAUUCAACUCAACGAAAUAAAAUCUUUGCUGACCUGAACUCUAUAAACUCAUCUAACAUCCCGUUUAAAACAUAA